GAUACAUUGUGUCGUGAGAAAACGCAAAAGGAUGAUUUUUUCAACGAUAUGUCGAAACCAUGUUCCAUUAGCCACUGUUUGUAGUGUUCCAUUGAGGAAUUUAGCGUAGAUAUACAUUGAUUAAGUUGACGGUUCUCUAUAUACGUAUAUACACAAAUAUCGUCUGCAUACUGGACCAGCUGACAUGGGGUUUGCACAUCAUCAAAUACCUUCUUGCAGUGGACGAAGUUGGCUAAAGAACUGUCCUGUUUGUACGUUGCUAAAGCUGAGGUCCUUUGUGCUAUGGCACUUAUACACUGUUCAUCCCACCAAGGAGGGGGUGGCCGUUUCUUAGCUUUAAAUGGCCUUAGUAUAGGGAUGGAGAUCUCGCUAAC